AUGGGUAACGCGGAGUUGGUAGACGCAGGGUGCUUCAUCACCCAGAUGAAUGAGUUGCUACUAAUAGACCCCCUAUACAUAAAUUGCACCAUGACAAACUACUGCAAUAGCUACAUAAGUGGGAAAGAGAACCUGCUACCCAGGGAAAAGCUAAAUGGGAUUUAUUUUAAAAACGCAAAGCCGGGGUUAUGGUCUUCCUUUGCUAUUCGUGAGAACAGCCAGGCGUGUUUGAAGAAGACAGCCAUGCAGGAAACCGAGACCGACGCAGAAAAUAGGAACAACAAUAAUUCGUACAAUAAUGUGAGAAACGAAAUGGUCCUCUCAUUCAUAUGUUUUAAUAACACGGAAUACAUGCACGAGUAUUUAACGGUGGAAAAGGUGGAUAAGUUAAAAUGGGAAAAAUUGGAGCGAAAUGAAGGGCACCCAGGGGGUGGUCAAACGGGCAGGUUUAAUAGCACUGUAAAUACGGACAGCAAAAAUGAGAAGAUGGGAAAUUUGCAUAACAAUAAGAAUGAACUUCUCCCACUGGAAAAUUAUUUCACAAACGUUUUAACCGUCGAAAGUGGACAGGUUGGUCUAUUUUGCAUGGAGUCCAUAAAGCACAGCGCUGACCUGCUCUUUCAAAAACACGGAAUGAACAACAUUAGCAGUAGGGAACAGCUGGACAAUUUAUUCAACCAAAACAUGAAUGACCUUUAUCCUUGGUUCGAUAAAAUUUGUAAUUUAACCAUGUCCUCCUCAGUCGCUGUGAUUGACUUUAUGGAUAUGCCCAUUGGGUCUGUUUGCCUGUCCAGUUCGGACUGCGUUGUGAACUAUUUGUGCGAAGUGGUACGUGAUGAAGUCACGGACGAGGUGUGGGCCAUUCGAGUUAACUUCCUGGAGCCUCUGAAGUGA